CAACGCUCCCAGCGUGCCCCGCGCGCCGCGGGCCCUGGCGGGCGGUGCCGCCGGCGGGAGGUGUCUUGAUUUUCUAAGAUGUCAUUGGAAGGAAUAGAUUAGUUAUACAUUGAUCUUGUCUUCUCCAUACUUGUUGUGAAGAGUCAUCAUAAAAUGGAUGCUUUGGGCAGCCUCCUUCCUCCUGUGGGUGAAAAUGGUGAUGUCGCUAAUUCACAAGAAAUACUAAAACUUUUGAUGGAUGAAAAAAUGCGAAGUGAACACCAUAAAGCAAAUUAUCAAACUCUAAGGGCAGAACAUCUAAGAUUACAAGAGGAUUAUACCAAAUCACAAGAUGAACUGAAACRGUUGUUAGCUGAAAAGCAGACUGUACAUGACAAAUUUCAGCAGCUUCUCACUGAAUGUCAAGAGCAGUUACUGGGUAAAACACAAGAGCUGGAACAAAUGAAGAUGCAGGUGCUAACUCCUCAAAAAUUAGAACUGUUAAGAGCAAAAAUACAGGAGGAAUUGGAGUUUCCUAUGAGAGAGCGUUAUCAGAAGCUAGAAAAUGAAGUGGAAAAAUACAGAACACUGUAUAACAAACUUCGUUAUGAACAUACCUUUCUGAAAUCAGAAUUCAAACAUCAAAUGGAAGAGCAUGCACAUAUAUUAGAAGAGAAGAAAACAAUAUAUGAGUCUGAGAUUGCAAGACUGGAUAAAGAUAAAGAAGAACUCCAUAAUCAGCUGCUUAGUGCUGAUCCUACAAGGGACAGUAAACGUGUGGAAGCACUUUCUAGAGAAAAGGCACAACUGUGUCAGAAAUUAAAAGCCUUAGAAGCAGAAGUAGAAGAACAAAGAGCAGAGAGACACAAUUGUGGUGUGCAAGCAGAAAAUGUUCAAAGAGUACAAGCACGACAGAUAGCCGAGAUGCAGACUAUGAUGCGGUCUCUAGAGGCAGAAAAGAAGUCUGCUGAACUACAGGUUGAUCGAAUUGAGAAAGAACUGCGGACAAGUCAUGAUCAAAACAUUCUUUUAACUAGCAAACUUCACAAAUCUGAACGAGAAGUCAAUUCCUUAGCUGCUAAAGUAGAAGAACUUAAACAUUCACAUAAGUUGGAAGUAACAAAUGUCAAACUGGAGGCAGCGAGAACAAAGAGUGAAGUAGAAAGAGAGAGAAACAAGAUUCAAAGUGAAAUGGAGGCAUUGCUGUCCGACAAGGAAAUUCUUAAUGCAGCCGUUGAACGUCAUAAAGUGCUUCUACUAGAAAAGGAUCGGGAGCUAAUUCGUAAAGUGCAAGCUGCCAAAGAGGAAGUUUUUGAAAACUUUGCAGCCUUACAGAAUGAGAAGUUAGAACUAGAGAACAGAUUAGCUGAUCUAGAGAAGAUGAAACUGGAACAAGAUUUUUCGAGACAAUCUGAAAAGGAUCAAUAUGAAGAAAAACUACGUGCUGUGCAGAUGGCAGAAGAAUCUAGCAAAAAGGAACUUCAGCGUUUGCGAUUGAAAAUUCAACAACAGGCUAUGCAGACAGAGGAGCUGGAAGAAAAGAAAUGUGAAAAUGCUAAUCUGAAACAGCAAAUACAUGAUAUGCAACUCCAACUUGCCUCACUUUCUCAAUCAGAAAAUUAUUUGCUGGAGUCUAAUCAGAAGUUGAAAGAAGUAAUAGAGAGAUUGAAACAAGGAUGUCAACAUGCAAGGACUCAGGCAGAGAAAGCUCAACUGGAAACAGAGAAGACUUUAGAGUACCAGCGUAUGGAAUGGCUGCAGGAGAAGCAUAGGCUUACUCAGCACAUAGCAGAGUAUGAAGAGAAAUGCAAGCAAAUGAAGAACAAGCUAUGUCGAGCUGCUGUUGCUCAGAAAAAGAGAAUGACUCUCAAUGACAAGAAACAAAGGAGAAUGCGUGAGAAAAUAGAGCUUUUGGAAGCCAAAAUGGAAGAACUAGAAAAAGAAAAUAAAGUGUUAAAUAGACAGAAUGUGUCCUCUGAAGAAUAUGCUCGCAUCCAGAAGAAGCUAAAGGACUUGCAACGUCGGCACAAUGAAUUCCGGAGUAUAAUUCUGAAUCCUGACAUGCCCUCACUCAAUCCAGGGGCUAUAAUGCCAUCGUCUGCCUUGCCUCUUGGGCCUCAAUCAUCCAUCUCCCUUCUUCAGGAGGAGCAGCAUCAAAGAGAGCUUGCCCUGCUUAGCAAGCGGUUAGAAGAGCUAGAAACCAGACAGAGAAAACAGCUGGAAGAUCUUGGACCAUGUAGAGAGCAGGUAUUGGUGGGGAUCACUGGAGAAGAUGAAGCACAAAGUGAGAACUCCAAAUAAAAUCUGCAACUCUUGAUGCUGUUAGUUUUCCAUAACUUAUCCUUUUUACAUGCUUUUCAUAUUUUGCCAAAAGCAUGGUUGUAUGUGCCUGAAUAGCAUAAAAUAUAUUCUACAUAAUUAUUGCUUUGUGGCUCAACUUGCUUAACUGCUUGAACUAAGGACAAAAGUACCUUUUCUCACUGGAAAUCAUAAAAAAAAUAUCCAGGGUUGCCAUUCAUGAGGGGGCUGCACUCUUAAUUUGAGUUAGCAGUGCUGUGGUAUUUGGCAUUUGUAAUAUUGAGUUACAGGCUCAAUACUGAGAUUCAAUUGCAGACAGUUUGUUCCUGGUCCACUAGACUUCCCACUUCUCUUGAGUGCCAAUUCUCUAUCUGUGUGUGGGAGGAGUGAAGUCCCUCCCACUACAGGCCAAGAGCASGUUUGGCACGAUUUGAUGAAGSUGGACAGCCACAAAUCAAGGCAAUCAGAUGAAGUCCUCAGUGACUGGAAAAAGGGAUGCAUAGCUCCCAUUUUUCGAAAGGGGAGRAAGUACGAACUGUGAAACUGCAGACCAGUGUGCCUCACCUCUGUGUCUUGGAUGACCAAGGAGCAGAUCCUCCUAGAAGAUGUGCUGAGGCACAUAAAAGACAAAGAGGUGAUCCAAGGCAGCCACCAAGGCUUUACUAUAGGCAAAUUGUGCCUGACCAACCUGGUGACCUUCUGUGAUGGGGUGAUGGCAAUGGUCAACCAGGCAAGGUCAACACGUCAUCAUUUAGACUUCUGUAGGGCCUUUGCUAUGGUCCCAUGUGACAUCCUGAUCUCAGACUGAGGAGACAUGGAUUUAACGGAUGGGCUAUUCAGUGGAYAAGGAAUUGGCUGUAUGGAUGYRGCCAGAGAGUUGUGGUCCAUAGCUCUGUGUCCAGGUAGUGGAAGGUGAUGAGUGGUGUCCCUCAGAGCUCAGUUGUGGGACUGGUGCUCUUCAUUAAGUUCAUGGAUGACACUGAGACACUGAGAUCGAGUGUAGCCCCAGCAGCUUUGAUGGCAGGAAGUUGCACUGUGCAGUUAGUUGACACACCAGAAGGAAGGAAKGUCAUCCAGAGGGACCUGGACAAGCUUCCGAAGUGGGCCUUGACAAGUGAGUACCUUAAGAAGUUCAAGAAGUUGAAGUGCAAGGUGCUGCAUCUGUGUUGGAAAAAUCUCAGGUGUGAGUAUACAGACUGGGAAGAGAAGACAUUGAGAGCAACCCAGGGGAGUUCUCUGGAUGAAAGGCUGGUCAUGAGCCAGCAGUGUGCAUUCAGAGCCCAGAAGGCCAGUCAUAUACUGGGCUGCAGCAAAAGCAGUGUGGCCAGCAGGGUGAGGGAGGCUUCAGGGAGAAACUAUUCUUCCAGUACCUAAAGAGGACUAUAAAAAGGGAAGGUACUUUUUGUAUGUCCAGAUGGCRUCAGGACAAGGGGCAAUGGUUUUAAACUGAAAGAGAGCAGGUUUAGAUUAAGUAUUAGGAAGAAAUUCUUUACUGUGAGGGUGGUGGCACUCUAACAAGUUGUCUAUAGAAAUUGUUGAUGCUUCAUUCCUGGAAGUGUGCAAGGUCUGGUUGGAUGGGUCUUUACUAGUGGAAGGUGUCCCUGCCUGUGGCAGGGGGAUUGGAAGGAGAUGAUCUGUGGUCCCUUCCAACGCAAACCAUUCUGUAAUUCUGUGAACAAUUGCAAAGAGUCCUUGAUAAGGUUUGUUUUUCAGUAUUUUUUCCACAGAGUCAAAAUACGAACUAAUCUCAGCACAAGAAACUUUGACAAACAUUUUUCAAGGUUUGGGUUGUUUAGAAUAAAACUGACAUUUAAUAUAAAAGUUUAAAACAGUUUUUUAUAAACCUUUUGAUAAUAUCCUCUUACUCCUURAAUGUAAAAGUUAAUCUGUAAUACUCUGGGUUGCAGUUCUGAUCACUAACAAUGCUGUAAUCCACAUUUGGGUUGUUAUUUUGAUGUUCUCAUACAGAUUAAAAGGAUAAAAUUAAAUUUUGAAAGCUCUGAAAAUUUUAGUUGCUACCCCUGAUAAUCUGCCUCUUGUGAUUUUAUAAUAAAAUCACAAGAAUAAACAAUAAUUGGGUUUUUUAACACAAUAUAGCAGAGGUAAGUAUAGCAAAUUGCAUUUACAUUAUGUAAAUGU